ACCCGGCUUCUAUUCUCAUAAUUUUCAUUGACUCUCAUUUCCCCCAUUUCGGUGAUUCUGAUUUCUGAGCUCGGAUUCUCUCUAUCAGGAGAUACAUACCAAAUCAAGAAGGUGAAGAUGCAUCCUCCACUUACUCCACAUAGACAUCCAAUGUGUCUGGAGAUAAUUGAGGAAUUCCAAAAGUGUCAUUUAGAGCAUCCGAUUGGAAAAUUCUUCGGAGAGUGUACAGAGCUUAAAGUAAAGCUUGAUCGAUGUUUCCGCCAAGAGAAAGCUGUGAAGAGAAAGGUCAAUUUCGAACAAAGCAAGAAACUUCAGGAAAGACUGAAAGAAAUAAGGAAAGAAGAAACUGCAGAGACUUGAGCAUUUGUUUGAUAAAGAGCAUAUGACUAUUGCGAAACAACACGUUUCUACAUCGAUCCAGGAAGAUGGUAUUAUACAUCUAUUGAGUAGGGCAGGCUUAAGGUUUGAAAUGUAAUGAGGCGGUUACUGGAGAGUAAGGCUAGUUAGCUUGGUCUGCAACAAUCUUUAUUUAUGGAUUUACAAGUAGCUACACAACUUCAUUUAAUUAUGGCUACAAAAUAAUUUUUGCAUUCGAAUUCCAAAACUCCCUAACAUUGGGUCUGUUUGGAAACCGGAACUUCU